CCGGGUUCCUCUCGGGGUUUGUUGUGUUUGGGUGGAUCGGACAGACUCAACAUGUCGCUGCCGUGGUAAACUCACAUUUCUCCUCUUAACUCACCCGGAAACCAGACGUCGUGCGGGGGUUUUCUCCGGCGGGUUAUCUCGCUGAGGUCGGACCGGACCAGCGACUCCUGCACCGUGAUUUCAUCCCGACCGGAGACACCUGUUGCUCGGGUGGUUUCGACAGACAGGUGUCCUCUCGCGGAGGAGCGGCUCCCGGCAGGUUUACUACCGGAACUUGGAUUAAUAAACUCUGUAUUUCAUAAUAAUCGCGUGACUGUACAGCUGCCAUGAAAGUGACGGUGACUUUCGGGGACACUGCGGUGGUGGUGCCGUGUAAAGCGGGAUGGACCGUGCGGGAUUUAGUGGAUCAAGCCACGCGGAGGUACCGCAGAGUCCUGGAGCAGCACGGGGACAACGAUGUGAGAACCCACCACUUGGAGUACCCUGAGGGGGGGAUCCUGGACAUGGACGACAUGCUGGGUGAACUGGUGGACGACAGAGACAAGCUGGUGGCCUUGUUCGACAGAGUCCAGCACGGGAGGACGGACAGUCCCAGAGAGAACUUGUCCAACUACUCCAGCGACGCCCCCAGCCCCGAGCCGGCCAGCUACUACCCCCACCUGAUGAGCCAGGAGUCCGGCAGCGGAGAGAUCGAGGUCAACGAGGCCGUCCUCAAAGCAAAUACCCCUCUGAUGGUGAGGAGCAGCAGCGACUCGGCUCUAGCUCCGUCUUACGAGAGGAUGGACACGCCGUCCCCUGUGGACCAGCGUCACGGAUCUCCUGACCAGGAAAUCAGCCAUGUGCUGAAAGGAGCGUUGGACCGGCUGCACACAGACGACCCACCUGCCAAGAUGAGCAAGGCUAACUUCAGCACCCUGACGAGGACGGUGGAGAUUGCCGGUGACCAGGGGCCCCUGGGUAUCCACGUGAUCCCCUACUGCUCCUCGCUCAGUGGACGGACCCUGGGCCUUCACAUUAAAGGCAUCGAGGAAAAAAGCCUCUCCAAGCGAGAGAACAUCUUCCGAGACGACGAGUGCAUCGUCCAAAUCAACGACACGCCACUCGAGGACAAGACCUUCGCACAGUCACAGGAAGUGUUCCUCCAGGCCAUGGGCACGUCCACCGUGCGUCUGGAGGUCGUCCCCGUCCCCAACAAGCUGCGCUACGAGAAGAGCCUCAUCGGUCAGCUCUUCACCGGCGACGCCAAAGACCUCUCCGCAAAGAUAAAGAGUCCGAUGCUGGUCCGCCCCAAAACAGACAUGCACCCGCACCCGGAGCCCAAACCACAUUCCAAACCGAACAGUAAUGUAGAAGUGAGGCGGCCAGACGCACGUGCCAAGACCCCGGAGCCACCCGCGGCAUACGCACCAGCAGACGAGCUCCUUUCCAGUAAUGGCUCCUCUCCCACGCCUUCACUCAGGACAGAGAGCUCCUCCCCGGCAUCCAGGAGCCCUGUCCCCCCCGGCCCCCCCGGCCUGGCGAACCUGAGCAGCAAGAAGGGCGGCAAGCGGCUAAAGAUCGACCUGAAGAAAGGCACGGAGGGUCUGGGCUUCACCGUGGUGACCCGGGACUCCUCGGUCCACGGGCCGGGGCCGAUCCUGGUGAAGAACAUCCUGUCGAGAGGUGCGGCAGUUAAAGAUGGCCGCCUGCAGCCCGGAGACCGCAUCCUGGAGGUGAAUGGAGUCGACAUGACAGGCCGUAGCCAGGAGGAACUCGUAGGCAUGCUGCGCAGCACCAAGCAGGGAGAGAGCGUGUGUGUGGUGGUGGUGCGACAGGAGGACAUCUUCCUGCCACGGGAACUGAAAGGCGAGGAAGCCAGCAGCGUGGUGUUGGAGGACGGCAGGGAGCAGCUGAUGUACGAGAUCCCCCUGAACGAGUCGGGCUCGGCCGGGUUGGGCGUCAGCCUGAAGGGAAACAAGUCCCGAGAGACGGGGGAGGACCUGGGCAUCUUCAUCAAGUCCAUCAUCCACGGAGGAGCUGCCUACAAGGACGGCCGCUUGACCGUCAACGACCAGCUGGUGGCGGUGAACGGCGAGUCGCUGAUCGGCCGCUCCAACCACGCCUCCAUGGAGACGCUGAGACGCUCCAUGUCGUCGGAGGGCAACGCCAGAGGCACCAUCCAGCUCGUGGUGCUGCGAGCGCCCAGACAGAUGGGCAGUGCCACCUCUUCUUCAAACUCAGCUCCAAAUGUGUCCACCGCCCAUCAGUCCAGCUCCCAAACCGCCUCCAGCAAUCAGGAGCUGUGGCCCAACGACGCCUACCAGAAGCCCACCAUGAACAUGGGCGGUCACAUGACCAACAACAACUACACGCACGGCAGCUCCGGGAGCGCACCGCAUCCCACUGCGUCCACCAACGGCAGCUACGCUCACUACGGCAACGAGGACGAGGAGCCGGAGAGAGACUUCCCCCCCCCUCCUUCCCCCGGCGCCGUGGAGGAGAUGAACAGGGACCUGCCGCGAACUCCUCCACACCACAGCGAGUCGCACACGGCUGCAGAUAUCUACGCCAACCUGUCCAACGACCGGGACAACAUGCCGCGCAACAGAGCGUCCAAGAGCAUGGACAUGGUGGCUGAUGAGAGCAACAUGGGCUCCCACGGGCAGAGGAACACGCCGCGUUUCCUCAUAUCUACCCAGCAUCCUUUGCUCUUUCCUCCCCCGACGCCGCCUCCUCCUCCGCUCUCCGAUCCCCCGCUGAAUCAGCUGUGGCCUUCACCGCUCCCCUGCUCCUCCGUCUCCCCCCCCUCUUCCUCUCUGGAGUCGGAGGCCGUACCUGAGUACAAGCCUGCAGCCAGUGGAGCGCUGGGCCCGACCCUGGGCCUCUGGAAGUCCAGCUCCCUGGAGAGCCUGCAGACGGCCGUGUCGGAGGCCGAGCAGAGUCACAACCAGGCCCAGGUGCCCUUCCACCGGCCGCGGCCUCACAUGGUGCGCGGGCGGGGCAUCAACCAGAGCUUUCGCCACGCCAUCGACAAGUCCUACGAUGGACCCUCCGAGGAUGACGACGACCUGUCGGAGCAGAGCUCGGGUCACGAAACGCCCGCCAGCAGCUCCUCUCGCCAGGACCUGGACGCCGAGGACGACACCAAGAAGAAAACCAAAGGGAAGAAGAAGGAGAAGAAGAGCAAGGGGAAGAAGAAAGCCGAUAAUGCUGCGGAGGAUCCGGAUAAGAAGACCAAAAAGAAAGGAUUUGGCCUUUUAAGGUUUGGCAAGAAGAAAGAAGACAAGAGCAAAGAUGCAGCGAAAGCGUCCAAGAGUAAACUGGAGGCUCUGAGUGAGGAGGAGCUGGGCAGGACUCCUGACACCAGAGAUGGCUACGACCCGCGUUACGCUGAGAUCCACUCCGGCCACCACACCCCCGACUCGGCCUUCUUCCCCGAUGUGGAAGACGAUGACACUGACCCCAACUACGCCCGCAUCAGCAACUUCCGCCCGGCGCCCUCGCCUCAGCCGUUCAUCAGUCGCACGCCCUCCCCUUCGGCAACAAUAGGCGGACCCAACCCGUCGCUGGCCUCGGCCGAGGAGCUGGACGGGCUCUACGCUAAAGUCAACAAGCCCCGACCGUCACCGGCUCCACAGAACCAGCAUCGCACACCAGCUAACAGUGAUCCACAUUUCCAAGGGGGGGGUCGGGAGUACCGGCCGACCCGCGCCGCUCCCGUCUACGAGGAGCUGGACACCGCACGACGCCGGACUCUGGACAACGACCCGAACCGGGCGGCGGUGUCCACGGCAGAGAAACCCAGCGGUGGGCUCCUCCCCCGAGGAACCCGAUAA